GUUCACACUCGGCUCUGACCUGAGAUCAGCCAUCCCAAAGUUAAGCUGCAGCAUCUGGAGAGAAUAAAGACAUGAAGCCAGUCCCACUGCUUCUACUCCUCUCCUCGGUCCUCCUCGCAUCGCACCUUCGCCCCGCCGCCGGCAGACCGCGCAUCCUCCCCGGCUGGCUGGAUGGCGGCGGCCGCCUCCAGACGCAGCAGCUGGACGAAGUGCUCCUCCGAGCGGCCGCCGCCGCCGCCGCCGUCGCCGACGGCGCCUCCUCCGACCUGCUGGGCGACAACAUCCUGCGGGUUCUCCGAGAGAGGAACCCGGGCCACCUGCACCUGCUCCCACCGGAGGAGGACGAGGCGGCGAGGACGGCGGCGCAUCUGUUGAAAAGGAGCGAAGAGCCGCCGCUGUCCAUCGACCUCACCUUCCACCUGCUGAGGAAUAUGAUCCAGAUCGCCAAGAUGGAGAACCAGAGGGAGCAGGCUCAGCUCAACCGCAAAGUCCUCGACGAGGUCGGGAAGUAAAGCUCUUUUUUCUUAAAACAGCCGACCCGCUGUCUAAGUAUUCAAGACCUCUGACAGUAGUUGUUUUUUGUGCGCCUGCUUCCC